AUGCUCGGCUCGUCGGCGUCCAGGCGGGAGAGCAAAAGCAGCGACCUCUUCAGGGCCGCCGCCAUGGCCCUCCGGGACGCCGCCAACAAGACCGCCGGCAUCGAGCCGGCCAAGGCGGCGUCCAACAACGCCGCCGCCGCCGCCGCCGCUGCCGUAUCAGUCAGGGAGGCCGCCGCCGCCGCCGUGCGCCACGAGGGCUGGAUGGUGCGCUACGGCCGCAGGAAGAUCGGCAGGUCCUUCUUCCACACGCGCUACUUUGUGCUCGAUAGCAAGCUGCUCGCGUACUACAAGAAGAAGCCAAAGGACAACGUUGUUCCGCUCAAGUCGCUGCUAAUAGACGGGAAUUGCAGGGUGGAGGAUAGAGGCCUCAAAACGCAUCAUGGCCAAAUGAUUUAUGUCUUGUGCAUUUAUAACAAGAAAGAAAAGGAGCACCAGAUAACAAUGGGUGCAUAUGACAUCGAGGAUGCAAUGGCAUGGAAAAAGAAGAUAGAACUCAUCAUUGAUCAGCAACAGGACUCUAUGACAGCUAAGAACCGUAAGGCCUUUGCUUCAGUGGACUUCGACAUGGAACUUGGAGGGCAGUUUUUGUUUUCAGAUCAUGACAGCACAGCUGAAGAUGACGAGGAACGGCCCACUUUGACUCGCAGGACUACUAUAGGGAAUGGCCCCCCUGAUUCAAUACAUGACUGGACCAAAGAGCCUGACAUUGGUGUGUCCAAUCAGAAUGAUCCCAAUCAAUUUUGCUCCAAGAAGAAUUGGCGACUACUUAGAUGCCAAAAUGGGUUGCGCAUAUUUGAAGAACUUCUGGAAGUAGAUUACCUUGCACGAAGCUGCAGCCGAGCUAUGAGGGCUGUUGGUGUAGUUGAAGCCACAUGUGAAGCCAUCUUUGGUCUUGUAAUGAGCAUGGAUGUAACAAGAUACGAGUGGGACUGUAGCUUUCAUCACGGUAGUUUAGUUGAAGAGGUUGAUGGUCACACUACAAUACUAUACCAUAGGCUGCAGCUGCACUGGUGCCCAAUGCUAGUCUGGCCUCGAGAUCUUUGUUAUGCUCGGUAUUGGCGUCAGAACGAUGAUGGAAGUUAUGGUGGAGGUUUCAAGAUUUCUCCUCUCAAGUGUCGCAACGGAAGACCCCGUACUCAGGUUCAACACCUUAUGCAGAUUGACCUGAAGGGAUGGUUCCUGAACUACUCUCUUUCCUUCCAGUAUCAUUCUUUGCUACAGAUACUAAACUGUGUUGCAGGAUUGCGUGAAUAUUUUUCCCAAACAGAUGAAAUCCAUAUAAUCCCAAGGAUUCCUGUAAUGGAAACCAUGUUCGAUGCGGAUUCAGAGCCAAAAAUUCAUAAGCUUCAAGAAGUUGACACCAAGGCAAAUAAAAACAUGGGAAUGAUUGACGAAGAAUCAGAUGAUGAUGAUGAUUAUCAAGUUCCUGAAGCUGAUAUAGAGGAAGACCCGAACAAAUCUGAUAAUGAUACCAAGCGCACAGAUGAGCCGCCAGAAAAAAUUGAUUUAUCUUGUUUUUCGGUAUUCUUCAUCGUGAUCCUGAGGAGAAAAGCCGCAAUUGUUGGACAGUACCUGAUAGCAAGAUCUUUAAAGUUCAGUAGCAAGAACUUCCCACAAGACAAAUCAAAGAUACCUGCAGCAAGUUAUCUCAUGGAGCUUGCAGCCAUUGACUGGUUUAAGGACACCAAACGUAUGGAUAAUGUUGCCAGGCAGAAGGGUUGUGUUGCUCAGGUUGCUGCUGAGAGAGGGAUGCAUACAUUUGUUGUCAACAUACAGAUUCCUGGAUCAACUCAGUACAGCUUGGUCAUGUAUUUUGUCACAAAUACCUUGAAAAAGGGAUCGUUACUACAGCACUUUUUUGAUGGCGAUGAUGAAUUCCGCAAUAGCAGACUAAAGCUUAUACCAUCCGUUCCCAAGGGCUCCUGGAUAGUGCGACAGAGUGUUGGAAGCACCCCUUGUCUGUUGGGAAAGGCUGUCGAUUGUAGUUAUGUUCGAGGUCCUGCGUACUUGGAGGUGGACGUUGACAUUGGAUCUUCGGCGGUAGCAAAUGGAGUUUUGGGUCUUGUGUUUGGUGUGGUGACGACAUUAGUAGUUGAUAUGGCCUUCUUAAUACAGGCCAACACAUAUGAGGAGCUACCGGAGCAGGUGAUAGGCGCAGCACGGCUGGCUCACGUUGAACCGGCCACAGCAGUAGUUCCUGAUCUUAGCAACACAUCAAAUGACAGUAGCAGCAGCAACAACGAUAAUAACAGCAACAACAAUGGUUCCUCAGAGGAUGAUUCGUCCAAGAAAACAAACUGA